AUGGGACUCUAUGCUUUGCAUCAUAAUUCUAGGAUAACAUUUGAAAGUGCAAAAAGAAUAUUCGACGAUGAAGCCAUGAUGUCGUAUCCAUGGGGUCGAAUUUCAUAUGAAGUUUUUGUUGACUCUAUUAAAAUGUUGGAUCCACAAGGAAGGACAUACACCAUAAACGGCAUGAAUGACGUUUUAUUGAUUUGGGCGUAUGAAUCUGUCAUUUUUUUCGGAGAGCGGUUUGGGAGAGCGUUCAACAAUGAAGACAACAAUGAAGACAUUCUGCUUUUGCGAUGGGGUGGAAAGCGUACACGUGUUAGUUUCCAACGUUUAUUCUCUGAGGAGAUCAGAGAGCACGGCCGGAUGCGUGUUAGGAAUAUGGUUAUGAAGGAAUCAGUUGAAGAGAUGUUUCCUCAAUGGCUGGGUGAAGCUGACGACCCACUACUCGUUAAUUUUAUAUCCGACAUACAUACUAGUAGAUUUGUUAGAGGUUUUUGGGAAGUGAAGGGUCACGAGGAGAAGAAAAGAAUGAAGGGUGGACUUUCGUCAGAAGCUGAGUCACCCACUAAGAAGCAGAAGAAAGUUAAGAAACAGAAGAAAGUGAACACUUGUGAAGGUGAAGCUGUUGCAACGUUAGCCCAGAAGACUGUUGAUGAUAUAGUGAAUGAGCGUCUGAAAGUUCUGGGGAUAGGUCAAAACUUCAUUGGUAACAACACUCACGAGAAUUCUUUAUCCUCACCACAGAAUGUACCACAGACUAUAAAGCAGAAGUCCAUUAAUAAUCCACUAGCAACGGUAUAUAAGACCCCUACUGAUGAGGCUGAUGCAAAAGAGGUUGCUGCGAAGAAGGUUGCUGCGAAGAAGGUCGUUGCAGCUCCUGCUAAACCUGAUCAUCUUUAUUUCCUUGGUAUUUCUCCUACUAAGGAUGUUAAGGUACCUAAGCGUCCAAGUUAUGGACGCGGCUGCAAGGUCAAUCUAAAACAAAAAGAUGAGGAUGUGUUAACUCAGAAGGCAGAGGCUGCUUUAAAGAAGAAGGAAGCGGCUGAGUUAAAGAAAAAGGAAGUGGUUGAGUUAAAAAAGCAAACAGCCGCUGCUAAGAAAAAACAGGCCGAGUUAAAGAAGCAAGAAGCCGCUGCUAAGAAGAAGGCGGUUGCGUCAAAGAAGCAAAAGGUGGGUGAGAUAAAAAGGAGGGCUUUACUAUACCACGUGCCAAUGUAA